CGGGACUUGUUCUGCCGACGCUCCCCCUGCGUUGGUCAUUCAACAUGGCAGCGGGACCAAUUUCAGAAAGAAACCAAGAUGCCACUGUGUAUGUUGGUGGCUUGGAUGAGAAGGUCUCAGAGCCGUUGCUAUGGGAGCUUUUUCUGCAGGCCGGCCCUGUGGUAAACACACACAUGCCCAAAGACCGGGUCACAGGACAACAUCAAGGUUAUGGCUUUGUGGAGUUCCUCAGUGAAGAGGAUGCCGACUAUGCCAUCAAAAUCAUGAAUAUGAUAAAGCUAUAUGGCAAGCCAAUCAGAGUCAAUAAGGCCUCAGCUCACAAUAAAAACCUGGAUGUUGGCGCCAACAUAUUCAUCGGCAACUUGGACCCAGAGAUUGACGAAAAACUCCUCUACGAUACCUUUAGUGCGUUCGGUGUUAUUCUCCAAACCCCGAAGAUCAUGCGAGAUCCCGACACCGGCAACUCCAAGGGUUACGCCUUCAUCAAUUUUGCCAGCUUUGACGCAUCGGACGCUGCCAUCGAGGCCAUGAAUGGCCAGUACCUCUGCAACAGACCCAUCACGGUGUCCUACGCCUUCAAGAAGGAUUCCAAAGGGGAGCGCCACGGCUCGGCCGCAGAACGGCUCCUGGCUGCUCAGAACCCGCUCUCCCAGGCAGACAGGCCCCAUCAGCUGUUUGCGGAUGCCCCACCGCCGCCCAGCGCUCCGACCCCGGUCCUGACCACGCUGGGAGCUACUAUGGGCAUUCCCGGUCUGACUGGCCUGCCACCUCCAGUAGCAUUCCCUCCCGUUCCCCCCCAUGGAUCAAUGCCUCCUGCCAUGUCUCCUUCUAUGUCCAUGGGUCAAGGGGUCCAGAACCAGGGAGGGGGCGGUCAUCCACCCGUACCGCCACCUUUCGCCCAACAUGCCAACAUGCAUCCAGGUAUGCCUCAGAUGCCCAUGCCCCCCCCUGCUCCUCCUGGGAUGGUGCCUCCGCUUCCUGCACCACCAGGAUCAACUCAACGGGCUCCCCUUCCCCCCAACAUGCCCCCACCCCCACCAAUGGGCAUGCCUCCCAGAGCACCGUAUGGACCUCCCAUGGGUCACCCAGUGCCUCCAGGUAUGAGAGGGCCUCCUCCUCCCAUGCCCCCUCCUGGCUAUGGCGCCGGCCACCCCGGCCAUCCCCGUCCACCUCCCUUUCCUCUUCAAAGAGGACCUCCGUUGCCACCGAGGCCCCCGGGGGCCCCUCCUCGUGUCCCCCUGAGACCACCAAUGCCAUCAUAAUCCACCUCAGCCAGCAGAAACUUUCUGCUUUUUUUUUUAUCUCAUCCUUAGAUAUCUGGAGUUUGUUGUGGUCAAAAUAAUUUGUGUUGUGCCCUUUGUACAGAUGAGCAACAUUUGACAAAUAAAAUUUUUAGUAGAACUUUUUUUUGUUUUAUCUUCUCGUUAUUAAUGGUCUUGGUGUUUUGCACUGAGUUCAUGUUAAAAAGUAGAUUUAAAAUGCAGAUAUUCUUCAGCCAAAAACUUCAAAAACGUUAAAGGUCUUAGAAGAGUCCAGGAAACAUUUGUGAAGAUUAACAGCUCUAAAUAUUGCGUGCUUUUGUAUUUCACUGUAUGAAAACCACGGUACUUAAAUUUUUUUCUUUAAAAAUGUCAUGUAACAAUGUCAGAUUUAAACGGUUUCCUUAUAUUUUAACAUACAGGAUAUGGAGAGAAAAUUAUGCACAUUCUUUAUGUUGUAGAUGAUAAAGAUA